CAGCAAAGAAGCUUCUAUUGCUGUCCAGGCACACACACACACCGACGAAGCUCGCCAAACCACUCCUCCCAUCCACCAACCUCCCCAUCCCGCGACUCUACCACAACCGCAGGCAGAGACAGAGAGCGAGAGGCGCAAAAAUGGCUUCCAUGUUUGAGCAAUCAGGAAGCGGCACGCUUUUCCUCGGCGGCCAGAAGAUUUCCGGCGCCGACAUCAGAGACCAGAACGUUCUUGCGACCCAAGCUAUCGCAAAUGUCGUCAAGAGCUCCUUCGGCCCCAGCGGCCUCGACAAGAUGAUGGUGGACGAUAUUGGUGAUGUCACGGUCACGAACGACGGCGCAACCAUCCUUAGCUUGUUGGAUGUCGAGCACCCGGCAGGAAAGAUCUUGGUCGAUCUCGCACAACAGCAGGACAAGGAGGUCGGCGACGGCACCACAUCCGUCGUCCUGAUCGCCGCCGAGUUGUUGCGCAGAGGAAACGAGCUUAUGAGAAACCGCAUACACCCCACCACCAUCAUCACGGGUUACAGACUUGCCCUCCGUGAGGCCGUCAAGUACAUGAACGAGAACAUCAGCAUCAAGGUCGAGAACCUCGGACGCGAAUCCCUCAUCAACAUUGCUAAGACGUCCAUGUCGAGCAAGAUCAUCGGAGGCGACUCGGACUUUUUUGCCAACAUGGUGGUGGACGCCAUGCUGGCCGUCAAGUCGACGAACAACCGCAACGAGACAAAGUACCCCGUCAAGGCCGUCAACAUCCUCAAGGCCCACGGCAAGGGCUCGCUGGAGUCUCUCCUCAUCAAGGGCUACGCCCUCAACUGCACAGUCGCCUCGCAGGCCAUGCCGACAAGAAUACAGGAUGCGAAGAUUGCAGUGUUGGACAUGAACCUGCAGAAGGAGCGCAUGAAGCUGGGCGUGCAGAUCACGGUGGACGACCCCCAGCAGCUGGAGCAGAUCCGCCAGAGAGAGUCGGGCAUGGUUCUGGAGAGGGUAGAGAUGAUCCUCAAGGCCGGCGCCAACGUCAUCCUUACCACCAAGGGUAUCGAUGAUAUGGUGCUGAAGACGUUUGUGGAGAAGGGUGCCAUGGGUGUGCGCAGAUGCAAGAGGGAGGACCUGCGAAGAAUUGCCAAGGCGACGGGCGCCACCAUGCUCAGCACACUGUCAGACCUCAACGGCGACGAGAAGUUCGACCCGGCGUACCUGGGACACGCCGAGGAGGUGGUGCAGGAGCGCAUCUCCGACGACGAGUGCAUCCUGGUCAAGGGCACCAAGUCCCACUCUUCGGCCUCCAUCAUCCUUCGUGGACCCAACGACUUCACGCUGGACGAGAUGGAGCGGUCGAUCCACGACUCUCUCAACGCCGUCAAGAGAACCCUCGAGAGCGGCAGCAUCGUCCCCGGCGGUGGUUCCGUCGAGACGGCCCUCCACAUCUACCUCGAGGAGUUUGCCGGCACUGUCGGUUCCCGCGAGCAGCUUGCCAUUGGUGAGUUCGCGCAGUCGCUGCUCGUCAUCCCCAAGACGCUCGCCGUCAACGCCGCCAAGGACGCCUCGGAGCUCGUCGCACAGCUGCGCUCCCGGCACGCGCUCUCGCAGCGCAUUCAGGAGGGCGAGGCCAACGAGGACGAGAAGACGGUGGCGCGCAAGAAGGCGUACAAGAACUACGGGCUGGACCUGACGCGCGGCAAGGUGAUUGAUGAGAUCAAGGCUGGCGUCUUGGAGCCCACCAUCAGCAAAGUCCGGCAGCUGAAGAGUGCCGUCGAGGCGUGCAUCAGCAUCAUGCGUAUCGAUACCCUGAUCAAGCUGGAUCCCGAGCAGAGAGAGGAGGAUGACGGACACGGUCACUGAAGCGGCAGUUGGGAGUCCGUGUGAAGAAGUUUAAAAAACAAAAAUGAGCCAAAGUGGGGAGUGUUUCCAAGGGGUUUAGACGGUUCAUAGAUCACUUUGCUAAUGAUACCUUGUCAUGCCGCCGACAUGGACUUCAGUCGGGGGAAUUCCCUAACCUGUGGGUUGCCGCCAUCCUUUGAAGAAGAGCCAGAUAUAUGCGUGAGCCUGCUGCCGCCAUGCAAAUUCCCAUGUAAAUAAAUCCAUGUUGAACCAAAAAGGGAAAACCCCCCCCUCAAAAACAGAAAAGGACCAUGGAACGUGUUUAGCACCAGCCAAACUUCUCGUUGAGCACCCACUCGACUUCGCCCUCGCCGUACCACAUCAAGCUCGCGAUGCUGUCCGUCUCCCUCUCGACGAACUCGUGCGGGAUGCCGGCCUUCUCGAUGAGGCUCCUGAUCCUGGGCGCCGGGUUCCACAUCUCGACGUUGUUGACGCUCCACUCGGCCGCCUCGGCCCUCGCCAGCGCCAGCAGCGCCUCGACGGCCUCC